CACACUUCUAAACAAUUGAGUGAAUGUGUUGUCUGUCGUGAAGAUUGUGUUUGUGAUGAGAUUCACGUGAUUUGAAGACUUGAUUACAAUUUUGAUGAUAAGACAAACCAAACCAUAGAUUGUGUGGUGUUUUCGUGAUAUGUAUUGACUGUAAUCUGAGAUAUGGUUUGCGAUAAGUGUCAGAAAAAAUUGGGUAAAGUGAUAACUCCGGACACCUGGAAGUCUGGCGCGAGAAACACAACGGAGAGCGGCGGCCGAUCUAUCAAUGAGAACAAGGCGUUGACGGCGAAGAAGAGUCGCUUCACUCCCUAUCAGAAGAUGGAGACCUGCAAGAUAUGCAGACAGAAAGUCCAUCAAAUCGGCUCUCAUUACUGUCAAUUGCGCCUAUAAGAAAGGCAUUUGUGCGAUGUGUGGCACCAAAAUAGUGGACACCAAGAACUACGCCCAGAGCUCUGUCUAACACCACAACACCAUUGCCGCAGAUAUUUGUGUUCAUCGCCAGAAGAUUUGUUAAUUUAUUGUCUCAUUUGACC